AUGUCUUCUUUGGGCAAACUCUCAGAUGUUCUUCGACUCGUGGACAAGUACGAGAAAAACCCAAAGCUAAAGAACCCUGCGUCCGCCUCACACUAUGGUCGGCAGAUUGCGUCGGCCUGCGAUGGGGUUGAGGUUAACUAUGACCCCGACAUAUACUCGCUACAUUAUAUCCAUCUCGUUUUGCAAUUAGACCGCAUCAUUAAAAAAGACAAAAUCCGCUCACUCUCUCUAAAUGAUGUGAAUUGUUACUCACAACUGCUGGAGGCAAUGCUAAUACGGUUGGUAAAGAAGGUCACGAGUUCGCUGGAGCCAAAGGUCGCACUAGAUGUCUCAGAUCAGCAAAAAUUCGGCGAGGAUCUGGAUGAUAUCAAGCGUAUGGUGCUUCUAAUAGGAGGCAACUUAACACUAGCUCCAUCCUUAGCCUCUGGGGCGAUAAUCAUGCUACGGGAAUUGUGUCUGCUGGCUAUUAAGUUGGUUACUAGGAGUCAGGAUGGGGCAUCGAGGCUUGCUCAGAAUUGUCAAGCAAAGGAAAAAAGGAAAAGAUCUGAUGUCAGUACUUUACGGGUUACAAGAUCCGAAUCCAGCGGCCCACCGAUCCAGCCUAGAUCCAGCCGCAGAACAACAAGGAGCCAGGCAAGAGCCGAAACCAAACGUCCCGACCCCGCGGAGAUAAUUAUAAUCGACGAAGAUGGGAGUCACAACGAACGCAAACGUCUCAAGAUCAAGGAGAUAACCGAUGAUAAUGUCAAGGCCGAAGUCGAAGACGACGACGAUGAAUUUAAGGUCGAAGAUAUAACCGAAAUCGAUAAAGAGGACGAUGAAUUUAAGAUCGAGGAUACAGCCGAUAACGAGGACGAUGAAUUUAAGACCGAGGAUAUAACCGAUAACGAGGACGAUGAAUUUAAGACCGAGGAUAUAACCGAUAACGAGGACGAUGAAUCCGAGAUCAAAGAAACAGCCGACCGCGAUGAUGACAAAUCCAGCGAAAUCGACAAAUUUCGAACUUGCGUCAUUUGCGGUGAUAAUGUUUCGAACAACAAUUCAAUGUCGCAUCGUUUCAAGUAUUACCUAAGGCACGUCACCAAAAGCCAUCCACACCAUUACAAGACCAAAGAUAUCCAGAGGCAUAGAUGCCAUGUUUGCUCGGCGAUCCAUCCCACCCAGGCUGGUCUUACUCUGCAUGCGGGUAUCGAACCCGGCUGCGGCAGGCAUGCUGAUCACCAAAAUUGGGAGCCAUAUGGGUUGAAAGAGAGCCUUUCUCCAGCUAUGCGAUUUGUCUGUACAAUUCCGUCAUGCAGCACAGUAAUACAUUUGAAUCGUUUCGCUUACCAUUAUCAACCUUGGCUUGAGAGGGUGGAGUCUCAUUUGGCCAAAAAACAUGGGCGUCGUCUGAUUGUGACUUGCGGGUUGUGUCCAAACAAGUCGUUUGAGACGAUUCAAGCAAUGGUUAAACAUCGAAAACUUCAUGGACUUACUAGCAUCCAUUCAAGAAGGCGCGAACUCUUUGAAAUCUCCCUAUAG